CAGCUUGCGUAGUGCGAACGCCAAUCAAACCCCGUUGCGCCCCAUGGGGUGGUGGCUUCUGCUGCUGGCUUGGGCGGCAGGUGCUGCCAUUCUGGAGGACAUCAACCAGAAGGAGCUUCUUAACGACUGGGAAGAGCUGAUCGAUUCCGAGCAGCGUCUGGGAAGAGCAUCGCCAUCGCGAGAAGAACAUGAAGUGGCGCUGAUCCUGGCGGUCAAGCACCCCUCAGAGGAGGCCGUGGAAGAGUCCUUGAAACGAGUCAGUUCGCCCUCCAGUAGCACCUACGGCCGCUACUGGUCUUUGGACGAGAGCUUUGCUGCCUUCCUGGGCACUCGCGCAAGGGCAGAAACGCUCCAAGCACAGUUCCAUGCGGUUGGCGCUGCGGUCGAAGUGUCACAGAUGGGGGACUUCAUGCGGGUGACGAUGCGGGUGCCUGUGCUGGAGACCCUCUUCAACCUGCGCUUGAGACCCUUCCAACAUCAGGCACAUCCUGGACGCAUCCGCUUUGGUCUGAGACCCAAAGAGCGCGUGGUCGUGCCAGACAUGCUGGCGAAGCACGUCGACUUCAUCAGCGGCUUGCACCUCCGGAGCCGCUUCACUCUUCGCGGGCGUGCCGGCAGCACGGGCAGCGCGCCCGCGCCGCGGACGGGCGAAGGCAACGUCACGGAGGUUCAGGUGGUCGAAGCGAGGGACCGAGGUUUCCAACUUCACGUGCGGGUGCUCGUGGAGCAUGAAAGAUACAAGCAGCUGUGUGCUGGCCAGAGUGGUGUGAGCUGUGCCAUUCGCCACUUCAAGUCCCUUUGCACACCCGUGCGCGCUGGAGGCACAGAAUAUUUGAAGCCGGUGGAGAUCCAAGGGCAGAUCCAAGAGGAUGCCUGCUCCUUGGACUCGGCAGGACCUCGUCUUCAGAUCUCCUGUGUCGUGGUUUUGGGCCCAUCCUUAGACUUGGUGAACUUCUCCCCAACCCAGCUGCAGUUGCAGACAGCUCCUGGGGCGAAGCCGGGGUGGGAAGAAGACAGCCAUGGCCUUCCCGUGGCCUUUCCAUGGCCUGUUAUGUUGGAUGUGAGCAGAUGAAUGGAUGGAAGAAGGUGGAACGAUUUAGUGUUUGCAUCGACCGUUUAACCAUGCUCACCACUGACCUAAAUUCCUGCAUCAUGCUUGGGGAACCCAAGUCUGUAGUUGGUCUUUCAGCUUGGCCUUCGGGUCGCGCUUGUUCUCGCUCUCGACCGAGACCACUGCAGAUUGCUGCUCAGUUAGCCUUUUGGGCGGCAGCAUUGAACUGGAUGACUC